GGGUUGCAGUCAUUAUGAAGGAGCACACACAUAGCAUGGGAAUACGCUUGGAUCCUCUUCUGGCACUUGAGGUCUAAGGCCCCAUCUACACUACCAUAUAAUGCAGUUUUAGAAUGCAGAUUAACUGCAUUAAACUGGAUUAUAUGAGACUACAUUGCCAUAUAAUCCAGUUCAAUGCAUUCUGAAACUAUUAUAAGGCAGUGUAGAUGGUACACCCAAGAGGGCUGCAUGCAAAUGAUUUCUAGAAUGGUUCCUUCUAAAUGGAAUAUUUCUACAGGUGUGUUCAUGAAAGUGUGUUAGUUAAAGGAAAACUUCACUCUAUCUGGGAUGACAUUGGCAUUGAACAAACAAUGGACAUUGGAGUAUGGGCAGUUAGAAAACAUCCUGGAAAACCAGGUUUGUCAACAGGGACUUUUAUGUCUGGGAGAUCUGAUGUCCAAAGUAGAACUGUCUUUGUUCUGAACCCACUUAAGGUCAUUGCUGAGCAACAUCCAUCAGUUCAGCUACGAAAAGAAUCUGAUAGUGGUUAUCCUUGCCACAUUGUGUGUUACAUCACUAACUGGGCCCAGUACCGUCCUGCUCCAGGAACGUUUUUCCCUAAGGAUACAGAUCCCAUGCUGUGCACACAUUAUGCCUUUGCAUUUGCGAUUAUUAAAGACAAUCGGAUUUCUCCUUUUGAAUGGAACGACGUAGAUGUCCUCUACCCUCAGACACAAGCACUUAAGCAGAGAAACCCAAAUGCGUUGACCCUGCUUGCUGUUGGAGGAUGGAACUUUGGCUCAGGCUUCAGUGAAAUGCUUUCUACCUCAGCCAAUCGCCAAACCUUCAUUGAGUCAACAACGGUGUAUUUACGGCAACAUGGAUUUGAUGGGCUUGAUCUGGACUUCGAAUAUCCAGGUUCUAGGGGUAGCCCUCCUGAGGAUAAGCAACGCUUCACUUUGUUGGUCCAGGAACUAUCAGAAGCUUUUGAUGAAGAAGCCAAGAGGACUGGAAAAAAUAGAUUGUUGCUUAGUGCAGCAGUUGCUGCUGGCAAAGACACAAUUGAUUCAGCAUAUGAAGUUGAAAAAAUAAGCAUGGUGCUAGACUCAGUGGGUGUGAUGGCCUAUGAUUUCCAUGGUGGUACUUUUGACAAAGUCACAGGACACAACAGUCCCUUGUAUGCUGGUGAUUACCCAUGGGAAAAUGAAUAUUUCAACUGUGAAAAGGCCAUGAAUUACUGGGUUGAACAAGGUGCGAGUCCUGAAAAACUUCUUAUGGGAUUCCCCACUUAUGGACGCACCUUUAGACUAAGCAGCACCAAAACAUCUGUGGGUGCCCCUGCCAGUGGUCCUGCUUCUGCAGGGAAAUAUACACGCGAGGAAGGCUUCUGGGCUUAUUACGAGAUCUGUGAUUUCCUAAAAGCUGGUGCUACUAAAGAGUGGAUUGAAGAUCAGUCAGUUCCCUAUGCCCACCACAAUUCUGAGUGGGUUGGCUAUGAUGAUGAAAGGAGCUUUAGAUACAAAACUCAGUUUGUGAAGGACAACAAGUUUGGUGGUGCCAUUGUAUGGGCAGUUGACCUGGAUGACUUCAGAGGCACCUUCUGUGAUAGUGGACCUUACCCUCUGAUGCAUGAGCUGAAGAAAUCUCUUUCAGGCAAUGUAUGUGGAGGCUCUGGAAUUGCACCAACCUUGAUCCCUUUGCCUACUGAAACAUCCUUCAGCACUCCUGAACCUACCACUGUUUUACCUGAGAACUUUUGCCGUGGUAAACCUGAUGGCAACUAUGCUUACCUACCAGAUCCACACAAAUUCAUCUCAUGCUCUAAUGAAAACACAUAUAUAAUGGACUGUCCUGAUGGUCUGGUCUUUUAUGAGAAGAAAGGCUACUGUGAUUGGCCAGUUGUGUUUUAAUUUUGUGAAAACAGAUGUGAUGAAAUUCCCCUUACCCACAAGAUUCAGGUUGAUACAACACAAGCACAAUCUCCGAAGCAUGCCCAGCAGUUAAGGUUUUUUAAAAUUAUCAUUGAAGUCAAAGGUGAUUAUCCAUUUAGUGCUAGAUUUCUGGAUUAGAUUUGUAAAACCUGAUUGGAGUUAUGCCCAUACACAUAAAUAUUAUUAUGUUUGCUCUGAAAGAUUCACAACCAUACACCUGAAUUGUCCUCAAUAUUCUACUCAUGGUUGCUACUAGACAGGGAUUGUUUUUCCACACUGUGUUUUCUGGCUCAUGGAACUGAAACAAAGUGCCCACAGCAGUCUCUACUAUUGUACUUUACUGCAAAGAAAAAAACACUGCACUUUAGUGGGAAUAUUAUAAUGGGAUGUACUUCCAACUUCUCUACACUUGUUCUGCCCAUCUCUACCUCUCUGUUUUUCUCUGAUCUGAUCCCUCAAGAUACUAGAAUUACAGUAUUACAAACACAGAACUCUGAUACUUCCAAGUUCUGAAAUUACCAUUUUGAAAUUUGUUUCAGCCUUUUCUCUAAAUUAUACGGAAUUAUAUUGCUUCCAAAUCUUGAACUGGGUGGCUUUUAUAAUUGAGUGGAAGUCUUAAUGAAAUUGCAAAUUCUGGAACUCCGACAGAAUUUCACCUUUUUAAAAAAUCACCUUUAAAAAUUCCCCUUUUUGUAAAACUUUGCUCACUCGGUUUUCAUAACCUCUGUGUGUCUAGAACUAGUCUUUCACUUGAGGAUGUCAUGCUUAUUAUUUGACAUGUGUUUCACCAUAACAGAGGAUCAGGCAACUCUUUUGAAAGCAUUUUCAUAUUUUCAGAAAGGAGUAUGACAUUGUCUAAUUGUAUCAUACUCCAAAAUUUGUGUUGCCUUAUUUAAGUAACUGCUGGUAUGAGAUGCAGAUAGCUCAGGCAUGGGCAAACUUGGGCCCUUCCUUCAGGUGUUUUGGACUUCAACUCCCACCAUUCCUAACAGCCUCAGGCCCCUUCCUUUUCCCCCUUAAGCGAGGAGAAGGAGGAG